AUCCUCUACUCAUUCCGCCAUUGCUGUGAAAGAUAUUUGAAGUGUCGGUUUUAGACGGUCAUUUCUAGAGGUUUAUAUCAUUGUUUAAGUCACAGAUAUCGCUGACAAUAUUCCGAAGAAUUUCUUGCCCUUGUAAAUCUUGUUACUGCUAUUGUCUAGGCAUUUAAAGUUUUACAGGUCGUCAUGGCACCAGGAGGAACAGGCCGUGAUGACAAAGAUAAUGAUCGGCCAAGCUACAGAAGGUCGGCCAGCGUUGAGGAUGUAUCUGGACAAGCACCAGAAAUAGUAAAAUCCUUCUUAGCAGUAUGUUUUGAACAAGAUGGCUUAGAAGUGCCUGCAGAACUCACGCCAGAGCAAAGACAAGUCAACAAACAAGUGGCCCACGUACUGAGGGAUAUUGGAGACAGUCUACAUCAGCACUCUACACUUAACCAGUUAAUAUCAGAGUGUAAUGUAACAAAAGACACUGCAUUUGAAACAUUUCUGAAUGUUGCCAUGCAGAUAUUCCAGGAUGGUAACGUCAACUGGGGAAGGAUUGUAACGUUAUUCUAUUUUGGUUACAAGCUUGCUAUUCAAGUUUUAACACAAGUUCCUUUGAUUAAGAUGAUCAUUGAAUGGGUAGUUAAGUUCAUCAAAGAGAAACUGGUGAAUUGGAUUGUAGAACAGGGGGGAUGGGAAGCUAUCAUGGAUUACUUUGCAAACCUAAAGAAUCGACAUGAGUUGGAAUUCAAGUUUGUAUUAGCAACUUGUGUCACAGUGCUAGCUAUUGUCUAUAUCUGGAACAGAAGAUAAYCAAGACCUUGAUUAGUGUUGGGUGGUUUUAGCUGUAAAAAUAUAAAAAAUAUUGCUUAAAAUAAGGCUUUUUAUUGUCAUGUAAAAUGUGAAAUAUAUAAAAAUUAAUAAAGAAAUAAAUAGUAAAUUAAGGCAGUAAGGUUAGAUGUGCUAUUGCGAGCCACCAUUAUUUGCAUUGCCUCCAUAUCAAGCGCAAUGAAACUGAGUUUUUCAAGACACCUUGGUUUACAACUCAGUYGUUAGCUUUAAAUUAUUGCUGAAAGGAAACUCAAGUAUAUGCUUGAAUUAUUAGCUUUGAGCAGUAUUUCUUUUUCAACUUUUACACGAAUUUGCCAUCUGAAUGUAGGAAAUAUUUCAUUGUUGUUAUAGUCUUUUGAAAUGUUUGCAAUACUUUUUUACAAUAUGUAGACUUUUGCUUGCAUAUGCUGGCAUGUUUAAACCAGAGUCUUUUCUAAUCUUUGUCAAGAUUAUGAAACAAAUCAUGAUAAAUGCAUCAAUAUAUCAUAAUACAAAAUGCUCUGGAUAAAGAGAUAUUAGAAUAAGAGUGCAUGCCAUUUGGAAAAUCAAACUGAAGUGAUUUUCUGUCCACCAUGAAAGAAUAGGGUAAAAAUGCUAAUAAUCAUCAGUGUGUAAUUCUUMUGUUAAAAAAAAUGUCAAAGCAUGGCCUAUUUCACAGAUUAUACUCAAUAACACAACGCACUAGUACGUUCCUUUUGAAUAUAAAAAAUGUCUAGAACUAUCAUGUUUCUCUUCACGGUUGAUGGAAAAUCACUUUACAAUGUACCWAAUUGUUCCACUUAGAACAAUGAACCAGAACACUGAAACCACAAGUGCUAAAAUAUGUCUGCCUUUGUAUUUCAGUCUUUAUGCCUGAGUGGAUUCUGAGUUACGUGAAGUAUUUGCGUGAAUAAUACUAGCAGUUGUACAUCAGAUAUUUGAUGUGCACUACAGUGGCAGCUCUCAGGCUGUUUUUUAAGUUUUUUAUUUCACUUUAUUGCAUUUUGAUGCACAUCCUGGUUCAAAAGAAGUUCAAACUUUGCUUGCAAUAGGAUUAUAGUCUUGAGAUGCUAUAAAAAAUAAUACAAGCCAAUCAACAAAAGAUAKUGUAACCUCAGCCACUUGCCAUCUCAAUUUCAAUAAAUUUAGUAUWGUUGAAAUAUGAAUUAGGAUGAGAAAAUGUAUUAUAUCUACUAUAAUUAUGUCUGGUAGUGUACAUGUAAUUAGUGAUAUACAUACUUCUGUUAUCAGUACAUAUUUGCUUGGCAGAAUUGCUGCUGAUGUGUUUAUUUCUUAUUAAAGAAUUCUUUCUAAAAUA